UCCAAAGCGGACUUGCAGCUGUUCUGACAAACAAUAACAACGUUCUCAUUCUCACAACGUUCUCAUUCUCGAGCGAAAUAAAGUGCGAAUACUACAGUGAUCUUCUGGAGUAAAUAUCAUUUGGACGUCUUGACAGCAAGAGACACGUCUGCGGUGCUCCCAGUGAAGUAACUCUGGCCACCGCUUGCUCUUCCAGCGACUCGGAACCGGGCGGAGCUUCGCCACCGCGGAAGAAAGCUCUAGUGUCGUCGGCGGAGGGCGCAGGAGAGACCGGUGCUUCUGCCGGGAGUGCGGGCCUCUCUGCGCCUGUUUUGGAUUUCGCUUAUCUCCAGAGGCCCCGCACUAUUUCUGCUCUCUGCCUCAACCUGCACAGGGGCACUGACACCAGCGUUUGUAACAUGCAGGAAAACGGGGCAGGACAGGGACAAAAUUCCGAGCUGUCCUGCCUAAAUAGCGCCCAGAACGGCGAACCGUCAGCAGUCGCACAGCUGUCCUCCACAAACACCGGCACUGUUGUCACCGCAAACAACGGAGUCCCGGCAGCGGGCAACCCUGCAACCUCCACCGGCUCGACCUUGGCCUCAGAGACCGUCUCAAUGAAAAAUAAGAAACGGCUGUCUCAGUCUGAUGAGGAUGUGAUUCGUUUAAUAGGACAACAUCUACACGGAUUAGGGCUUAAUCAGACAGUGGACCUGCUCAUGCAGGAAUCAGGCUGUAGACUUGAGCAUCCGGCUGCCACUAAGUUCCGCAACCAUGUAAUGGAGGGAGAAUGGGACAAGGCUGAAAUUGAUCUCAAUGAGCUGAAAGCAUUGAUGCAUUCGCCAAAUGCUAUUGUGCGGAUGAAGUUCCUGCUCUUGCAGCAGAAGUAUUUGGAGUAUUUAGAGGAUGGGAAAGUAUUGGAAGCCCUACAUGUUCUCAGAGCAGAAUUGACUCCUCUGAAAUACAACACAGAGCGCAUCCAUAUUCUUAGCGGUUACCUGAUGUGUAGCCAUUCUGAUGAUCUCCGAGCCAAGGCUGAGUGGGAGGGAAAAGGGACAUCAUCUCGCUCCAAGCUGCUUGACAAACUCCAGACAUACCUGCCCCCUUCAGUGAUGCUACCUCCUCGCAGGCUACAGACUUUGUUACGUCAGGCUGUGGAGUUGCAGAGAGAUCGUUGCCUCUACCACAACACCAAACUAGACAGUAAUCUGGAUUCAGUGUCUCUGCUGGUGGACCAUGUAUGCAGCAGGAAACAAUUUCCCUGCUACACACAGCAGAUCCUGACAGAGCACUGCAAUGAGGUCUGGUUCUGUAAAUUCUCCAAUGAUGGCACUAAACUGGCUUCAGGUUCCAAAGACACUACAGUUAUUAUUUGGCAGGUUGACCUGGAGACACACCUCCUGAAGCAGCUGAGGACUUUGGAAGGCCAUGCCUAUGGGGUGUCUUACCUGGCCUGGAGCCCAGAUGAUGCAUACCUAAUAGCUUGUGGCCCAGAUGACUGCUCUGAACUGUGGCUCUGGAACGUUCAGACUGGGGAAUUGAGAACAAAAAUGAGUCAGUCCCAUGAAGACAGCCUGACAAGUGUAGCCUGGAACCCAGAUGGAAAACGCUUUGUAACUGGGGGUCAGAGAGGGCAGUUUUAUCAGUGUGAUCUAGAUGGGAAUCUGCUGGAUUCGUGGGAAGGCGUUCGUGUUCAAUGCUUGUGGUGCUUGAAUGACGGCAAAACUGUAUUGGCUUCAGACACUCAUCAACGUAUCCGGGGAUACAACUUUGAAGAUCUGACUGACAGAAACAUUGUGCAAGAGGAUCACCCUAUUAUGUCUUUCACCGUGUCAAAGAAUGGCAGAUUAGCUCUAUUAAAUGUGGCAACUCAGGGAGUUCAUCUGUGGGACCUACAUGAUCGAGUACUGGUGAGGAAGUACCAAGGGGUAACACAAGGCUUCUACACCAUCCACUCCUGCUUUGGCGGCCAUAACGAAGACUUUAUUGCCAGUGGGAGUGAAGACCACAAAUUGUAUAUCUGGCACAAGCGCAGUGAGCUGCCAAUCGCUGAACUGACAGGCCACACACGUACUGUGAACUGUGUGAGCUGGAACCCAGUUCAGCCAGGAGUCAUGGCAAGCGCGUCUGAUGAUGGCACUGUCCGUGUCUGGGGUCCUGCUCCCUUCACUGAAUCCCAGGAGGCAGAGAGGCUAGGUGAAUGCUGUAGCAUGGACAGUUGAUAUUGGCCCUGGAGCAGGAGGAAAAUCUGGGUAAACACUGCAAGAAGUUAUGGAUGAAUGAAGUAAAAAAAAAUAAAAAAUAAACAUGAUGUUUUUCUGGAGGUUUACCCCCAUAGCAACGGAGAGGCUGAGCUUACGCAGUAAAGUUGGACCACUUGAAUGAAACUCACCUAGCUGCUGGCGAUUUAGCCCUCAGACCCGUGUGGCUUCGCUCAGGAGGCUAAUUGACCUCAGCGAAUAUCCGAGGAGCCACAGCCUCACAAAACACACCAAAUUAUUAUUUAUUGCUCUUAUUAUUUAUUGCUGUGUAUCAGUUGAGGCAUCAGAAUUGACUUGUUGAUAUGAUAUGUUCUGUUCUUGACAAAAUUCACUAAUUCAAAAUUAUUUUAAUUAUUAUUAUUAUUAUUAUUAUUAUUAUUAUUAUUAUUAUUAUUUUUAUCAGUUUAGCUCAUGAUUUCCCUCAAGACCCCUGAGGGCAGCAAGAGUUCUGAGAUUUUGGAGGGGUCCACUAAAGAUUGUCCAUUAUAUCUUUACCCAUAUAAAUAUUGUGUUUUUCAGGCACCUGUUUGAUUGUGUGUCUGAGAGACGUUACCACCAGCAGAAUGUAAUAAUUGUCAAUGUUUAAACAAUACUUUUAAUUGACUGAAUUUGCAGGCAUUUUAACAGUGAGAUCAGACUCAUUUCAAUUUCGGAGAAAAAUCUUUAAAAAAAUCCUUUUUUUUCCAAAAGGAUUACGGUACUUUGUUUUCAGAAGUCUCCAAGAUAGGUAAGUGUAUGAGACGAUGAUAUAUCUAGACAUAAGGGGAUACAGUAAAUAAGAUCUAUCACCACAGCAUUUCUUGCUAUGGGCUAGGGUAAGACCUUAAGUUUAAUGUCCCAUAAACUGACCUUACUUGAAUCUUUUAAUGUGUCAGAAAGGGACUGGCCCAUCAAUGAGACUCCUUGUUGAGAUUAGGCAUGAAUGGCCAUUUUCUCUGCAUGCUCCCUGUUCCCUGCUGUCCUCUUCGUGGACACCAUAUAAGAUGUGAACCUUAUUUACAAGGUUAUGAGCACAUGUAAAUAACGACCAUCAAUAGUGCAAGAAAGAAUGCUUUCCCUUUGUAAAUGGCUAAUAGUUGUUGGUCAUAUUUGGAUUGUGUUAUUGUAGCAAGUUUACCGUUAAGCUUUUCAGUGAUUUAAUUGGGUGCUGAAUUGGAUAUAAUUUUGUAUGAUAUGGUAACUUGUUCGGUGGUGUUGAUACUGAGGAAUACAGAUCAAAAGUAAUGCAAAAAAAAAAAAAAAAAGCUAGGGCCUAAACAAGCCUUCAGAUCAUCUUUCCUUAAUGUUUUGGCUUACUGCAAUAUCCAUCCUCAUGUACUAAUCCCUUUGUCAGUCAACUGUCCUAUUUAGAUUAUUUUAUCUUGAUUUCAUUUGUCUUUUUUUUUUUUUUUUAACUUUUUUUAAAACUUUGUUUAGAUAUACAAUUAAAUAACGUUCACAGUUGUUGGAUUUUUCUUUUUUUUAUUUGGCUUAAUUCAUUGUUUAUGUUUAAGGCUAUAUUGAUCCUUUGUUUUACUUAUUAUUCCCUCAAGUAUAAUAGAAAUAUAUCUUCAGAAGUGGCCUCUUAAUGAUUUUUCUUUUUCUCUAUGUGAUGUUAUAAUAUACAGAGUGUUACAGUCUGGUCAUCAAGCAUAAGGAACUUUGCCUAUUAUGAUUUGCUUGAAGUAUGUGCUUUAUGUGUGUGUAUUUUAUGGCAUGUAUUAUGACUGGUCAAGAAUAUCAUUUAGACUGAACAUAUCUCCUUACAAAUGACAUAUGUUUCCACCUGUAUCAGGUAAGCUCCUCUGUACAGGUUAUCCUUCCCCUCACCAGCCAAACCUGGCCUGUCUUUGAGGAGUGACAUGCACAUAGACACACACACCCCUUAGGACUAAUGUUAAAACACUGUAUCACCAACAAUAUGUUUAAUAUUCUGCAUAUGCAAAUGACCUUUUUGGUGACUUUGUAUUUCAUUUUCAGAGGAUUUGUUUUUGCUUUCCUGUGUUGUGAAAGCAUGGCAGAGAGCCAGCACGUUAACCACAUGGCCCAGCGUGCAAUUACCGGGCAAGCAGUUUGCUUUGCAUCAGGUUCUGAAGGAUCUGUUUUGCAUUUAACUGUGUUAAUAUUCUAAGUGAUUGUACCGUUAUGUAAUGUGUAGGAGAAGUCUUACAUAUGCAUAUUUUCAAUAAAGCAUUCAGGGUUUUAAAAAAAUAGAAAAA